AUGAUGGGAGGCAAAGCUCCAAUGGUUAUGGCCGUCAUGUGGUCGUUUGUGGCCUUGACGUGGACAUUUGUCUUUCUACGUCUGUACACGCGAGCUUUCAUCCUCAAAUCUGUUGGCCUGGAUGAUCACAUGUAUUGGCUCAGCGGCAUCGCGGCGUAUCAUGGAUUCGGACAAUCCAUGCCUGGCCCCGAUGCCUCCAAUAUCGCUUUCGACCACGCCGCCUACGCCAUCAAGAACCAGAUGAUUGGACAGACCUUUGCCGUUAUCGGAAUGUCGGUUGCCAAGUUUUCCCUCGGAUUCUUUCUGUUACGGAUUGUUGUCGAGAAGUGGCAGAGGAUUGUCAUAUGGUUCGCAAUGGUGGCAUUGUCAUUCUUUUCGGGUCUUUGCGCUAUAAUGUUCUGGCUGCAAUGCACACCGGUGACAAAGAUCUUUGAUCCUGUUCGGGUUGAGGGUGUUUGCAAUAUUUCCGUGACUCCAUAUGCAGUUGCACUAGGUGUCGACACUGUCCCACUGAUUAUAUGGUCUGCCGCCGAAAUGUCCAUCACGCUGAUGUGCGUCGGAAUCCCUAUUUUACUCCCUCUCUGGCGCAGAGUCGUCCGCGGAUCGAAAAUCUCCUCCGAACGAUAUUACAGAAGACAUGGUGAAAGUUAUGGAGAAGGGUUCAAUUUGGGCAGUGUGCUCCUUGGAUCAGAUAAGGCGAACAAUCGAGGCUUUCCAAAUGCUCCGGCUAAGCUUGGAAUCCGAGGACCUGGUACAAUUACCCGCAUUGCUGGUGAUAAUUAUAGCGACGAGUCAAUCCUCGGAUCAGAAUAUCGCAGAGGAGGGCCAUCACCUGUUGGCGGAAUUUGUGUCAAGCAAGACAUUCAGAUAGACUGGAGUGAUGCAAAGGAUAUUAGACAGUAA